CUUAAGCUCUACUUAGACCCUGGCACCUUGAAGAAGGACAGACGUUCGCCCAAGUCUUUUUUCUUGUCGCUCAGACUGCGAGAUUGAACAACGCACAACGGACGACGGCUUGCGAGCUACACAAUUACCCAUUCAUACACACACUUUUACAAGCACAUCCUUCCCAAUUCCCAGCUUAAAACCUGCGCUCGCAAUCCCACCCACCCACCGCGACGCCGCGAAGGCGAAACGGAAGAAGCGCAAUAAAAAUGUCGUCACUAACAACCUCAACCCUCGAAUCCCACAUCGCCUCCCUCCAAUCCACCCUCUCGUUCCUGACCUCCGCGCUCGACGACCUCGACUCCUCUGGCCCCCAUGAGACCUCCGAUCGCGAUCCAGAGUGGCUCGCCACAGACCUCAUAAGCCUGAAGGGCAAGACCGGCAUGCUCGUCGACGAGAUGCGCCGCGUGCGGAAGAGGAUGGUGAGCGAGGGCGUAAGACCCGCGCCUGCGGCGUUUGGGUCGCCGGGGGGUGCGAAGAGGAAACGGGAGCGGGAGAGGUUGGGUGAUGGGGAGGGAGGCUCGAAAAGGUUGAGCAUUGAGGGCGUGAAGAGGAACUCUUCUCCACCCCCGGCUGAGACUCACGGCGCCGACGUAAAGGAUGGUGGGGAGGAAGAAGAGGGGGGAGCGGAAGGGGGGUACCAAGUCCAGUACGUCGAUGUGUCGGCGGAAGUUCACAAGCGGCUGAGGGAGUCGCGGCUACGACAGCUCAUGGAGUCGCCGAAGACAGCUCAAAAGAGGAAGUUCGACGACACGGUUGGUUCUGGGGAUGAGGUGGAGCUGGAAGGAGGGGACAAGGAGAGGGAGGUGGAGUUGUUGCUUAGGAGUCCCCAGAAGAAGAUUAAGAUGAUUGGGGGGUUGCAGCAGGUUGCGAGGUUUUUUUCGCGGCGGGGUGCUGGUGAGGAUGGGGAGAAGGGGAAGGAGGGUGGUGGGAGUGGUGGAACGACGGCGAAGAGUGUGACGAGGGGGGAGGAUGAGAGGGAGGAUAGGGGGAAUGUUAAGAGGAGGAGGAUAUGAAUCGCAGAUGAAGAUCGAUUCCCAGAGCGGUGUACCAACAAUCAUUUGUAAUAUCAACAUUCUUGCAUAGGCGUGUAUUCUCAGGGCAGCAUCAGCAUUCAGCAUGGCUUCAGCAUCAAUUAGGCCAUCAAGUGGUCGAUUCCGUAACACUUUGCGGAUUGUAUAGUAAUUUAUCAACCUGAACUGUCCAGCAGGACAAUCAAGUCACAAUAAAAGCUCC